AUGGAUGUAUCUAACAACUCGGAAGAGGCGAGGCUAAACAAACAGAAGGAAGCAGAGAUGCUGCUGGAGAAGGCGAGGAAGGCAGCGGAGGAAGCAGAGAAAGCGCAGCAGAAGGCAGCUUCCUUGAAGGGGUCGGAGUUGGACAAGUUCGCAGAGUUUGCAAGGAAGUAUUCGAAAGAGAAGCAGAUCCAGGAUCUGAAGAACCAGGCAGAGAGCAAGGCAGGAGAAGCUGCAAGGCUUGCGGCUGCUGCAGAAAAGGCUGAGCGAGAGCGAGGAACCACCACGUUGGCGCAGAAGUACGCCGAAAAGUCCCGAGAGGCGAUCUUGGAAGCGGACGACGCAGAGCGAAGGAUCGCAACCUCAGACUUUCAGCAUCACGCAGAAGCUGCGCAUGACUACGCGCUCACCUACGAAGCUGUGAUCGAAUCCCUGAAGGAUGUUCGCCUCGUCCCCGUCACCGGAUCACGAACUGACAUCUCAAGGACCACUGACGCUCUCGACGACCUCAAGACGGCAGGAAAGCUGCAGGUGUGGAACCGGCUGGAUGCUGAGCUGGGAGCGAUGGGCUUUCGAGGAGGCAACAGCCUUCCUCAGCUGUUGAGCGCCAGCAAGACCAAGGAAGGGAGCGUGGACGUCUCCUUUGGAGUCAGCUCCUACAAGGCCCUCCAGGUCAAGAACUCAUUCUCAGGAGCUCUGCUUAUGUUCGGAGGGCUGGGCCUGAUCUUCGCCGGGUACUUGGAGAAGGUCGGAGCUCUUUCCAGCUCCUCCGCACAGACGUUUGCGGACCUGGGAUACGGUGCCCUCCUCCUCAACAUCGCAUCUGGUUUCUUCGGGCAGCAAGUCAACGACUGGCUGGUGCAGAGGUUCUGGCAGUUGAACUACGAUGACUACAAGGAGAGGGCCCUGGUAUCCGAGGCGGCUCAUCUCAUGGUGGCGUACAUGUGUGGCCUCCCAGUGCAGGAGUACCGCAGGGAGUACAUCGGAUAUCCUCUGCGGACAAGGCCGACAGGAAGAGCUCAGGUCUUCUCGUCAAGGAGAGGAGACCCCGAGGUGGUUCCCAGGAACCGUCCGCUCGGCCUGCCCCCCUGGGCGUCCCUGGAGAGUGAGAUCCCGAGCGAUGGGGACAUGAUGUUCGGAGGGCUGAACCCGGAGCCGAUCAGGAACGGGUACACGAGCAAGGAGAUCGAUCAUCUCAGCUUGACGCUGCUUGCGGGGCCGGUGGCGGAGUACAUCAAGUUCGGAGGAAGCAUCAACGGAGCUCUCUGCUUCCAGCAGCUCGACACCUGCAUGCUCAUGAGCUACGACGUGAUGCAGCCGGAGAAGAUGCAGGGGCAGGCGAGGUGGGCGAUCAUCAAGCUGAUGAGUGUUCUGACGAAGAACAAGAACAAGUUGUCGGCAACGGUGGAGGCGCUUCGACGGGAAGAGUCUCUUGUGGAUGUCAUUGCGAUCAUGGAGAGUACACCCAAUUGA